UGAAGCAUAUGGUUUUUCCAUCCCAUAAACUAUAGCCAGUUGCUCAUAUUAAACUGUGACUGGACAUAAAUAUAUAAGUCCACUGCAAACCCAGUACCCCACAUCCCAAGACUAUGACAAGGCCCUCCCAACGGCUACAGUUUUUAAAUACAAAUCAAACCGAGACGGAUGCAAGAAGUCCCUUUCCUUGUUGUCAUCAUUUCUUUGCUGUAUCUUAGGUCAUACCUGCACAUUUUCCUGCUUAAUUUAACAAAACCCAGAAAAGAAAAAUUAAGUUGGUCAUAUAUUUCAGGCACUUUGUUUUACUGAACGUUUAAAUCUUGGUUUGUAUCAGUCCUUUUCUUACUCUUCCGGUUAAACAAGUGACUUGCUGCCUCAAGAUGGGAAGGAAAGGACAAUCUAUGGCUAUAGGGAAUCUUUUAGGCAACCCUCAGUGAUUGAUUCCCAGAGCUUUUAUAAUAUUUUCAGUUUUGUUGACAACAGCCCAGCAUAUAUAUGCUUGUAGAAAUGUCCCAAAGCCUCUGACAUAUGAUCUUGGCACUUAAGACCUUUUCUUUGUCAUAUACUGGUUGGCUUUGAGGUUUGAAUGCUUCCCAGUUGGUCUUACUGCCGUUUUGAUAACAUAGCUGGUGUUAAUUGGUGUCCAGACGGAGUUGCUUGCCGACUACUCAACUUGGGUUGAGAGUGAUCCAUCCGGCGAUCAUCAUCUGCCCAAAAGCGUAUGAUUCUUGCUGUUAUGGUGUGAUUGGAGAUAGUUUGCAGAAGGCAGUCAUUGGAGUUUUGAAUUCGUUUAGGGGUGAGACAGUUUUGAAGUGAAAGGAAGAUGGAAGGAAGGGGGCUUUCAGACUUCUAUAGGAAUACUAGUGAAGAGUUGAUCCUGAGAUCUUAUAUGGAGAGCUCAAAUGGAACUCCUCUACCAACCAUGGAGAUGCUUGGCUUCAAGAAUUUGUCACAAAAUUUUCGUGCAGAUAGCGAGGAGCUCUUCAAAAGCUGGCUCACAACUGGAGAGAACAAUACCUACAAUUCCUCAAGCAUUGCACAUCGAACUCGAUCAAGGAGGAUAUCCACCGAAAUAGCUAGUUUGUCUGCUCACCAACAUGUUGGUCUACUUCAAAAGAAAAGAAGCAAUGAAGUUUUAUUUCCUCAAUAUAACCCCAUGCCUGAUGAGAACUCAGCUGACCUCAAUCAACAUUCAAACAGACUUGGUGUUGAAAGAGGAAUGCAAGCUAGUGACUUAUAUUUGGCUAAGGCCUGGUUUCACAGUUCCCAACCCAUGACAAGAAGCCGGUCCUCUGAAUUGCGGAAAAGAUAUGUUGCCUUGCAAAAUUCUCAACCAGCAAUAGGUCUGGAUGGCCUUCAAAAUGCUUCAGGGAAUUAUAACAAUGUAGUAAAAGAAGAAUUUGCAUUUUCAAAUGGCUUUAAUGUUCCCUCAAUAUGUGAGGUUUCUAACCAGUUGGGGACCUUCAUUUCUCCAUCCAAUUCAUCCUCAUCCACUUUCGACGCUCCUCAAAUGGGUGACAUGGAUAAAGUAUCAUCUGUUGUGAGCAUGCUAAAGGGUACAUUAGAGCGCAAAAAGCUUAGCAACCAGAUUGAAAAAGGUGCAGAGGAUGAUAGCUCCACUAGGCUUUUCCCUGGUCAAGAAGUUAUAGUCAACACUGGUUUUGAUCAAGGGCAAGGUAAUCAGCUUCAAGAUAUGGUGAGAACUUUUCAGGAAGUAUCCACUAUCGAAGUUAAGGAUCAUGGCGGUAUGCAAAAAGCUGAAGGAUCCCUGGAUCUUGAGAUGGAAGGUUUUGUAAAUCUCACAAACCCAAACCCGUUGAGCAGGAAUUCUCAAGAACCUUCACAAAGUGAAUCAUCUGCUGCAGCACCAGUAGUUUCAUCUGGGUUUGAUGCAUGUGAUGAUCCCAGCAACUCAAGUCAAACUCUGAGCAUAUGUGAAAGUUCACUGAAACGAGCUGGAAAUAGGAGUUCAGAAAAUGGCUCUAGAUCGAAAGAUAUUAGAGAACGUAUUAUUGGUAAUUUGAAAGAUGAUCAAAAGAGGGGAGAACGUUUAGAGCGAUAUGGAUCUGUGACAUCAGCCACUUCAGGAGAUAAGGAGGAUGCCACAAAAAAGCGGAGGGUGGAGAGAUCACGCAAAAUGGCAGAGGCAAAGGAAAGGAACUCAACUCCAGUAAUUCCAUCAGAUAUACAAUCUGUUUUGAAGCGGUGUGAAAAUCUUGAAAAGGAAGUCCGGUCCCUCAAACUUAACUUGUCCUUCAUGAAUAGGUUGGAGCUGAAUAGUUGUUGCUCAACUAUGUGUCACAUUGUUUCAGGAAGGAUUCCGAGCAGACAAAGCAGAUAGAGGAGCUUCAGCAGCAAAACGAAGAAUUAACAGAUGAAAAGGAGCGCCUUUUAGAAGAGAUUGAAAGGAUCCUUGCAGAAAAUGGCAAGAUUUGAAACAUGGUAACCAUGGUUAACCUUUUGUAAUAAAUACAGCCAUGAAUAUAUCAACUCUACAAUGAUGUAAUGCGUGUUAUUCUUCAAAUGGAGUGGUAGUACUAAACCCUAGUUAGUAGUGGAGAAAGAAAUUGCAGUCGAUACCAAAAGAGCUAUAGCAGGCACAUCUAGUCAUUAAUUGUCUGCAUAUCCCCUACUGAAGGAUCUGUCAAAAUAUAAAAUGGGCAUGCAUUUCAGGGACCAACUUGCAGGUGCCGGUAACAAAAAAAAGAUUGAAAUAACUAGAUGGAAAAGCUCAACACCCUAUCCGUGGUGAGGCUAGCUCAUACCAGGAAUUGAUUGGCUGGAAAACCAGACAAGCUUAUACAAAGGACUUCCUACUUGUGCAAAGGAGUUGCAUUUCAAGUCGAUGAACCAUCUCAUUUUGAGUUAGUUGAGCAUGAGUUAAGAGGAGAAUAUUGGAGGAAUACAAUGAAUAUAACCAGAACCUUGUUUGAAACCCAAAUACCUGUUGCACAUUUUGCACAUAGCAAAGAUUCUAGUAGCACUUCUCUGUAUGGUUCAUGAUCAAUAUAUGGAUUUGUAUCAGUAUAGUAACUGAACUAAU